GCGGGUGGUGGUGUUGGUGUUGGUGGUGUUUGAACCCUUAAACUUCUUCCUCUAGCUAUGGGCCUCCAUCUGAGUACUUAAUAUCAACUGAGAAGAGGUUCUAUUCCAUAAGCCAAAUGUCUUGGUGGAGGAACUGUAAACUGUACAGAUGGAUCCCUGAAACAUCUCUUGGAUCACAACAACAUCACUUCUGCUUGGUGGAUAGAAUCAUGUUACUGUGUUACUGACAUCAAAGAGUCUUGCAGCAUCUUAAAUACUAAUAAAUUAAUUAUAGUGUAAGCUUUUGUGGACAAGUCUGCUUCAUCAGAUCGACACAGGAUAAUCCUUCGCUGGCAGAUGUGUCACAACUGAGGAUUUGUAAAGUAUUUAGUAACACUGCAGACUAAAAUUGCUAAAAUAAUCCUACAGAACACAAUCUACAGAUUUCAUAAACCUGUAGAAAAACACGAUUACAGCAGGUCACCGGGAUCAUCCAGUGGAGUUUGUUACAUUGAAACAGAAACUGUGUGCUGGAAUCACAUUCGACAGAUAUUUGUCUUCUUUACUGAAAACAUCCCGUAGCUAUGAUGUUAUGAUUCCUCUUUCAUGGGUUGACUUCUUUUAAUUACACUUAUUUGGCUAUGUUUUAUUCUAUCAGCAGUUAGCUAUCUAUUUCAUGGUAACUUGGUUGCUAGUUAAUUUUUAUCCAUCAAAGACUAGUUUCACACUGUGGCUUCUCUCUUUGCUGUUGGCUCUGUCUCAUGAAGGCAACACUAGCUAUACUCAGACAGAUGACUUUUGCAGAGGUGCAUUAGUGAAAUUGCUUCACUCCGUUGCUUGUUCCAUUUUAAUUGAAGCUGGCCUCUCCCCCUUUUGGGAUUAUCCUUCCUUUUUCCUAUAGUUCUGUGAGCUUUUGCAUGAAAGAAAAAGUGUGUAUGUGCCUCUGUGUGUGUGUGAGAGCCACACACAGAGAGGCUGGCCAGACUUGAAUUGAAAGAUGACUUUUUCCUCAGUUGUCGGUUUCCUUGCCUGUCAGCAAAGCGGCUGGUAAGUGGAAGAACACGAGAAGGGGAGGGCAUUUGUGGGUGUGUGUCGCCAAAAGAGAACGAGGGAGUGAGAUUCAGUCCUGGAAGGAAUGAGGACUGCCUUUCAUAGCAGAGAGCAAGGAAGGCGCAGGGUCCAGCAAAUAGCAAGGCGUAUAAUUGGGAACUGUAGAUCUGCCAAUACUUUCGGGCCUCCCAUCCAGGCAGCUUAAUUGUCAGCAGGGUUUUCUGCUCCACCCUCCCUCACAGUGGUAAAGAUCAUUCAAGCUGGUAUUACUGCUUGUAUCUUUGGCUUAUAAAAAUAAAAAUAAAAAUCUGGGGUUGCAUUCAAUCUGGAGAUCAGCCUGUAAUCCUGUCCAUCACUCUGAGGAGCAUGGCAUUUCACCACGACUUCUCUCAGUGCACACCUGGAAUUCUUGCCGGUUGCACACGCUCCUUCUAAUCAAAGUGUGGAAGGGUUGGGGGAGUCAGGAGCACUAAGAGGCAGGGAAAAAUGUUUGCUGCUUUUGAUCAGUGUUAAAAAACAAACAAACUCUACAACCAACGUGGACCGUGUGCAUGUUUUUGGGGACGCAUCUAUUUUUUCGAAGCUUUAACCAAGUGAACCAUAUCGAGCGAUGGAGUCUCCGACAAAGGAAAUCGAAGAAUUUGAGAGCAACUCUUUGAAGUACCUGCAGCCGGAACAAAUAGAGAAGAUAUGGCUUCGUCUCAGAGGACUGAGAAAAUACAAGAAAACAUCACAGAGGUUACGAUCCUUGGUAAAGCAGCUUGAGAGAGGAGAGGCAUCUGUUGUUGAUUUAAAAAAGAACUUGGAAUAUGCAGCUACCGUCCUUGAAUCGGUGUACAUUGAUGAAACCAGGCGUCUGUUGGAUACAGAAGAUGAGCUCAGUGAUAUCCAGUCGGAUUCUGUGCCCUCUGAGGUACGGGACUGGCUGGCUUCCACUUUCACGCGGCAGAUGGGGAUGAUGCUGAAAAGGACUGAGGAAAAACCACGUUUCAGAAGCAUUGUCCAUGCGGUGCAAGCUGGAAUAUUUGUGGAAAGAAUGUACAGACGAACAUCUAAUAUGGUUGGACUUAGCUAUCCACCAGCUGUGAUUGCAGUGCUAAAGAAUGUUGACAAGUGGUCCUUUGAUGUAUUUGCACUAAAUGAUGCUAGUGGGGAACAUGCACUGAAAUUUAUUUUCUAUGAAUUGCUCACCCGCUAUGAUCUGAUCAGCCGUUUCAAGAUUCCAAUUUCUGCUCUUGUCUCAUUUGUGGAAGCCUUGGAAGUUGGCUACAGCAAGCAUAAAAAUCCAUACCACAAUCUCAUGCAUGCUGCAGAUGUCACACAGACAGUUCAUUAUCUCCUUUUUAAGACGGGUGUAGUGCACUGGUUGACAGAGCUGGAAAUCUUUGCUAUGAUCUUUGCAGCUGCCAUCCAUGACUACGAGCACACUGGAACCACCAACAACUUUCAUAUUCAGACACGGUCAGAUACAGCCAUUCUUUAUAAUGAUCGUUCUGUGCUAGAAAAUCAUCACCUUUGUGCAGCAUUUCGCCUUUUGCAAGAUGAUGAGGAGAUGAACAUUUUGUCUAACCUCUCAAAGGAUGAUUGGAGGGAAUUCAGGACUCUAGUGAUCGAGAUGGUGCUGGCUACAGAUAUGUCUUGUCACUUCCAACAAAUCAAAGCCAUGAAGAAUGCACUGCAGCAACCAGAAGGAAUCGACAAACCAAAAGCCUUAUCACUGAUGUUGCAUACAGCUGACAUCAGUCAUCCUGCCAAGGCAUGGGAUCUACAUCAUCGCUGGACCAUGUCAUUACUAGAAGAGUUUUUCAGACAGGGUGAUAAAGAAGCUGAACUAGGCCUUCCUUUUUCACCGCUAUGUGACCGUAAAUCCACCAUGGUUCCUCAGUCUCAAAUAGGUUUUAUUGAUUUUAUUGUGGAGCCCACCUUCACUGUGCUGACUGACAUGACAGAAAAGAUUGUAACACCUCUCAUUGAAGAAGCCUCUCACUCUGGCAUGACAGGGUUUAGGCGUUCCAGUCUGAAUAGCAUUAGCCCCUCAGAAGUUAAACGAUCAAGUGUCAAGAGCACUGGGUCUGAAGGAAGUGCCUCACUCAACUGUUCCAUCCUCACUGUGGACUUCAAAUGUUUUAAAACCACCUGGACUGAGUUGGUGCAACAAAACCGAGAAAAGUGGAAAGCACAAGCAACCAAAGAAGAAAAAACAAAAAAAGAAACAGAGGAAAAUGCUCAGCAGGGUGCAGAUGAGAAGAAAACAGAAGAAAGGGAAGGGAAAAAGCAAGCUGAAGAAAGCUCUGGUACCAAAACUGACAAGAGUAAAGAAGGAAACUCAAGUGGGAGUAAGAGCACAGAAGCCAGUAAAAGCAGCGUAAAUGGGACUCAUCAAACUGGUGAUAACAAACAUGAAGCUUCUCAAGGGAAAAAUAUCACUCAGGUGGAAAAGGAGUCAGAGUCCAAUCCAACAGCAGGACAACAGAAACAAGUACAGAAUGGUGAAUUAAAAAACGAUAAUAAGUCAGAGAGCAAAAAUCAGGGAAAUGAGUUAAGGAAAUCAGAGGGUUCAAAACAACAUAUGAAAACUGCACCAGUACCAGAUUCCACAAAUCGGCUUACUUUGCCAGUCAUCAAACCUCCAAUGCACCAUCUCAAGAAACCAAAUUUUGCCUCAACAAGCACCACUUUACCACCCUUCCAUAUGAAAACUGAAGAUUCUUUGAUGAAAUAUAAACUGCUUGACCAGAGAGACAGAAUGAAGAAGAUUCAGCACAUUUCUCACCAUUGGAAUCGGAAAUAGAUUGUCAGUUAUUAUUAGAAGUAAUUUUGAAAGCAAAGUAAUAACUGUACAAUGAAAGAAACAAGUAUGUAAUAUAACAAACGCAAUGGGUAAAUCCUGUAAACAUAUUGGCUCUGACUGACAAAAUAUGCUGGGGAUAGAGUUGCACCAAAUCCCACAAUCCGAUCCACACAAAAUAACGGAAAGGACAAAACCUCUGGAUUUGCAUUCAGGGCUAUGUGCCAAGUAUGAUAAUUUCAUUGUGAAUUCUAUAACUGAGGAGCCAACAAUUUGUAAGGACAAAGCCUGUGAAAAUUAUUUCCUUAAAAAAAUAUUAUGCCCAGAAUUCUCCAAGGAUGAUUAUCCAGGGAAAAUAUCUAUUUUUUUAAAUAAUUUUUAUUAAAGUCAUUUGCCAAGGAGUAUAUAUCACAUUGACAAUUUCACACAGUGAAGGGGGAUAACAUGGGGGUAAGAAAAAAAUAUAUAUAGGAGGUUAGGGGAAAUCUAUUAAUCGAAACCCUACAUCAGGAAACAAAAGGAAAAAGAAAAAGAGGACCGAAACAGAAAGCAAAAAACAAAAAAUCAGAACAUCACUUAAAUACUAACAGUUAUCACAUAUAAUUAAAAUUGACUUCCAUCAGAUGUGUGUUGUUAUGUAUUGUAUUCAUUUGGUAUCAGCUAUACCCUUGUAUUUCCUCUUCUAUUUGUUUGUUGUAUUAUUUUUCUCUCCUUUAGUGUUUAUUCUGGGACAGUUGUGUAGUCUUUUAUCUUUGGCUAUUGUAUCCUUAUAUUAUCACUUUACAGUUCUCUGUUCUUAAAUAGUUUGUAACUAAUUCCCAAUCUGUUUGUUUUUUGGGUUUGCCUUGAGUGUUCAAUAAUAAGUAUGCUAAUUUAUCUGCACCCAGGGAAAACUUUAUGAGUUGUAGUUCCAAGUUAAUAAUAAUAAUAAUAUUUUUAUAUAUCCUGCCCCAUCUCCCCGAAGGGAUUCGGGGCGGUUCACAACAGGGACAAGCCUGAAACAACGACACAACAUAUUUGACAAAAACUGAAAACAUUUCAACGAUACACAAAAUAAAAUAAUGGACAAUGCAUUAAAUCAUGGACAAUACAUUAAGUUCUGUAUUUGGGGAAGGGAAAUCCUUUAUUUAUUUAUGUCAAUACCACACAACAUAAAUUGCUGUCUUCUGUUACAUGCACUACACAAGUAGAGGAGGGAGCAGGAAGCAGAUACCUUUUUCAAAUAAGUCGGUCACCACAUAACUUAUGAUCACUGUAUUUCAUUACAUAAUAGUCACCACCACAUAUAAAUUGCACACCCAUUUUUGGGGUGCCCAAAAUGGUAUAAGUUGAUUUCUUUGCGUAAUAGUCGCGCUGCCCACCCAUUCGCCUGCCCCUUGGAGCUGGGGAAAGUCCCAUAACACUGAGGGGCAGGCAUACUGGUGUGUGUGUGUGUGUGUGUGUGUGUGUGUGUGUGUGUGUGUGAGAGAGAGAGAGAGAGACAAGGGAGGCCUCGUAGCUCUCACAGGUACACGGGUAGGUAAUUCACCAUGUAAUAGUCACCACCACAUAAUAGUUACAAAGAGGAAAAUGGGGGGGGGGAGUGUGACACACAGUGAAAGAUUGCAUUUGACCCAAAGGUAUUUUUUCAUUCGCUAUACUACCCAGCUACCCCCCCCCCAAUAUAUUUUGUCACUUGUUCCCUUUGUUUUCCCCAAUACUUUUUUCUGUAUAAUCAUUGCAUGAAUAGAAUAUAAAAGGCAGCCAAAGAAUAGAACAGUCAAGUAUCUUCUUGCUUAAUCUCAUGGAAACAUUGUACUAUAGGGACUUGAAAAUAAUUUGCUGAUCCCUGCUUGAAUCAGUUGUUGAGUUUCACUAGAACAAAGAAGUGGAGAAGUCCAGUUCUGCAAAUAAACAUUGCUCCAUUAACACAAAUAAUAAGAAAAAUUACAGGACACCAGAGUCACCUUCCUAUCAAUUGUGCUGGACUUAGAAAUUACUUAUUCGAUCCUUUGUAAUACCCACACAUGAUGAGUUUAUAUGUUUUUCAAUUCCAGAAGACCAAAAUUUACAGAAAGCCAAGGCUUCAGUUGAUAAUUGAAGUUAGACAAUUGGGCUGCAGCAUCAUUUGCAUUCCACUCUGGUGCACCAAAAACUAAGACACUCCAAAUGAUGCUUCAUAUCCUAGAGAUUAGCAGAAUAUAAUGUAUUGGUUGUCAGCUCACUAUAGCCGCUCCCAAAUGAAGACACAAGACUUUCUGUUAUCACUGGAAACUUUUACUACAGGAAACAUGUAAAAAGCCAAGAGUGCCAGGCAUCGGUUCGCGCUCCCUUAUAUACCCUCCCCCGUAUUCAAAGACACAAUUCCCGCCAGAUAAAAACCUCACGAAAUCCCCCCGCCAAAUUCUGUAACCGUUUCCUUUCAGGAUCAGGCAUACCAGGUGUCUGAUGAGUAUGGAAUGUCAGUGACCCGGAUUUCUGGUGCCAUAAUACAGGCCCUGAAGACUGGGUUCUGACAUUGGUGUCUUUGAGUGAUAUUCAGAAGCCUGUGAAAGGAACUCUUUAUCAGAUUUUGGGGAAAGGUACAAAAAUGUGACAGCUCUAUUUCAGAUGAGAAGUGUAGGGUCAGAGUCAGGGAAUAAAGAUAUUUAUACCUGCAGUGCAAUAAAUGAACGUAUAAUCUGUGCAAUGACAAUUGGAAUGGCCCUGGAUUAUGACUGUGGAUUAUAUGAUUUUAAUAAUUAAUGUACAUGUUUUUAUAUGCAUUAUUUCUCUGGUUUUAAUGAGACGUUUACCAAUUGUAUGUUUUUAAGGCAUUGAAUUGUUGCCGAUUUGUGAAGCCUCUCUGAUUCCCCCUAGGGGUUGAGAAGGGUGGGGCAUAAAUAUGGAAAAUUGAUAAAUAAAGAUAUUUUGUGCCUAAACUAAUUGAAUGCCACACUACAAACAGACAGAACAGGAAUAUUUUGGUUAAUAAUAAUAAUAAUAAUAAUAAUAAUAAUAAUAAUAAUAAUAAUAAUAACUUUAUUUUUAUACCCCGCCCCAUCUCCCCGAAGGGACUUGGGGCGGCUUACAUGGGGCCUUGCCCGAUAGAACUAUCAAAUAUCAAAACACAGCAAUAAAAUAGUUAUCCAAUAAAAACAUCAAUUACAGUAAAAACAAUAGUUAAAAUUAACAUAAAACAUACAAUAUUAACACUGGAGACUAAUUCCUAGAACCCAGGCAAAGUGCAACAUUUGCCGAAAUGGGCUGAAAUGGGGAAGGUAACUUCACAGUUGAAAUGGACAAAGUGCAAUAUAGCAUUGGCAACACCUCGAGAAUGGGGCUAUUAUAAAAUGGGCAGAUAGAUCAGUCCGACACCAAAUUGCCUCGGACAAUGAAGUUUCUUUCUAUAAAGUCAUGUUAAAUUGUCAGCCCACCCUUUAUUGUUUUCUGGCUGUCUGAAAUAUUAUUAUUAUUAUUAAUAAUAAUAAUAAUAAUAAUAAUAAUAAUAAUAACAAUAAUAAUAAUUAGCAUUGUGAAAAUGUUAAAGGAAGUCUGCAGGGAUAUAGACUUUCAGUGUCAGGUUUCAGCGAAUCUGAAGCAAACAGUAUUAUUGGGAAAUAAUACUGAUCCCUUGAUACACUGUGGGCCUUCCUACAAAAGGCAAGAUAAAAAGCAGCUGCUUUCAGAUUUCUUUAUUGAGUUUAUGUGAAUAGCAAAACAGAGAGAAAGAGGAAAGCAGAAAAGCCUUUCUCACCAGCUGGUCCCAGAAUGCUAGAAAGCAUAAAUAUCUAACAUGGCCACCAAAAUGGGAUUCAUGAGAAAAGUGGAAGCCGUUGAAAAAAAAAUUUUGAAUAAAUUUUGGAAGUUUUUAAACAGACUAGAAAAUUCAACUUGUUUUUGUUUACUUAAGCAAGGCAUACUUGAUCUGCUUGUUGUAUCCCACAUGUGCAUGUUCUUAAGCUUGGAUAAAAAGCUUGCUGAAAUGUGUUGUGGAUGGCUCUGCUGUUUUGUGGCUGUUAUUUCGAAGCUAUUUUUGCCUCUGAUAUGAAAUUUCCUGUUAAAGUAAUAACCAAGAAUACAUCUAUUUAAUCAACUGA